AUGGGCUCAGGUAAACUAGACCAAAUACUGAAGCAGAUAUGGAGACAAAACCUGAUGCUAAGGCAGGCCCUCCUGGGUGAUAACCCUUGUGAAGGGUCUGGUGGUGCCACUUGCAUAGCCACAGUGGCCUUUCUGGGUCAAGAGCUCAGUGGAGCCCUUCACCAGCUCUUGGAGCACACUGCCGGCACUCUGCUGACAGAAAUCUCUACUUUCAUAGUCUGCCUCAUGAAAAUAAAUGAAUAUUUGAGGAGCACUGCUACACUUCUAAAGAAAGAAGAAAAGGAGAUGUGUAAUUUAUGCAGCACGCAUGAUGAAUGUACCCCACGGCGGACAAUGUCCACCAUUCACGAUAUCAAAGCAGCAGGCAUUGCUGCAAGAAGGGAACAAAAUGUCAUAGAAACAGCUACUGUUUCUCCCACAAAUAGAGAGGAAAGUCCUUAUACAAACCAGGUCCAGUUAAAAAAAAAUAAAGCACAUGUGAGUUCAGAAUUAGUGGGGAAAAAAAACAAUACCUUAUUGAAUGGAGAUGUAACAGAGCAAGGGGAGUCUCAGAACAAAAUGUUCCCAGAUAAUGCUGAAAAUGAAGAUGAUAAACAAACAGAACACAUGACUAUUGAGAACAUAAAUGGCAACAAGGAAGAGAUGCAUGACAUAAUCCAGACAACAGAAAGAGAAAUUCAAGAGACUUCAGAAAGCACAUCCUCAAUAACAUGUGAUAUCUCCAGCAAGUAUCUGAAUAAUCUUCUUUCCAGUGAUUCAGAGAGUCUAAAGCAAAAGAAUAACAUAAUGGAAAAGGAGUAAGUAAAUGUGAUGUGAGAGGUAUUUUGAUAUGCUGAUACCAGCCCCCAAGUAUCUUGUUAUAUUACAGCACCAUCAUAUAUUCUACAACAUCUAGAAUGCCAGAUAAUUAAUAGCAUGAGUUCUUUAAUAGUGAGUGAUAGUGAAGAGUUGGUCAGUAAUGUCAUCACUGUUGAGUGUUCAGAUAUGGAAAAAAAAAUCCACUUAAUAUGCAUUGCAAUUCCAUUUACUGUACGUUACAGGUGAAAUUACAGAAACAUCAUGGUGAAAGUGUCUGACAUAAACCUUCAAUCAAGUUACCUAACCCCAAAUUCACUGGAAGGAAUGAGAGGAAGUUAUAAGGUUGGGGACCUAUGCGGAGUGAAAGUAUACAAGUUGGGUGUCUUUUCUGUUGUGUCUUGUUUAAAGAAAGAGUCCUUCAUAGUAACAAAGAAAGGCCUUACUCUUAAGCCAAGCAUGGAAUCCUGAGUGUCCUUAAAUUACCCUCCAGGGGUUUUCGGCUCGCUAGUGCUGGUACAAUUAAAGGUCCAACCAGUUGACCCAUCUUUGGUGACAUAUUUGAAAGCACGGCAAGAUACUUCCUACCCGGUAGUAUCCACAAGCCCUCUGAUCCAUGUUAAGCACCCAUCAAUACAUCCUUCAAAGCCAGUCACUGUAUUCCUACCUUUUUCUCCACACCCUGAUGAAAAGACUCUUGGAUCUGGGAUAGAUCAUAAAAGAACAGUUGGUGCCACAACAAACAGGAUCAUACCUUUCUACCUCAACCAGACAAAAAGCGCUUCCAUAAGAAAACCUGGGACCAAUGCCUGUGAAUCUUUGAAAUUACUGGGAUUCAGAAGCCAAGACCAUGGUUGGUUUGGGCUGGAUGAUGUGGUAGUGAGAAACAUGCAGAGUGGCUUGAUAUCAUUUGAAUUGUGUGAACGUUUAGAGAGAACAAUCCCAGGAGGCAAUGGGAAGGAUUAUGGAAAAGAUUACAAGCUUAUUUUUCAUUUACAAAGAAAACCCAGGCUGGAACUCCAAAUCAAAGAGGUGGAUGAAUUUGGAAACUAUAGCUGCCCUCAUUAUAAGGGCACCAUUGUAGUUUAUAAAAUACCUAAAGAAAAGGUAGUCCACAACUUGGAUCAAUCUCUUACACUUGAUGAAAACCAUUAUCAGUUGCCAAUUUGCAAAUUACCAUUGAAAAUUCCAUUUCAUAAAAAAUUGAUCAACCAUCCACAGAGUACCAAAAGAAUUUCUACCAAUCCUGUAGAAGGCCUGUGGGACAGCCUGCUGCACUGGCUGGCGGAGGAGCUCUUCGAAGAGCACGCCGCGCAUCUCUCCGGGUCCCUCCCUCUUAGCCGCAGCACCAUUGAGCUUCUCAGACUGAAGAACCCCGGUGAUCCCACAGAACAGAUCAACGAACUUCUUUGCUUCUGGAAAAAAUCACUUCCAAAUUCCACUGACAAAGCUCGCCUUCUGGCUCGUCACCUCCACAAGAUCGGCAGGAGCGAUCUUUCCGAAGAGCUCAAAUUCAAGUGGGAAAAGAAGGUGUUCACGGAGGCACAGCAGUGGUUUGACUCAGCAGAGUAA